ACACGCGGAAGCGGGAAUUGUGAGUUGUUCGACAGUAGCUUGCCUUAAUUUUUGUUUCUGUAGGGAGCUUUUCAAAAUUCAGAUAACUACCUAGAUUAGCUUUUGAAAAUUGCAUUUGACCUGAAACAAUACAAAUAGCAAUAGCGAGAGAUAUUGCCUGCAGAUGAUGUAAUUAGCUUGAUAAAUUACACGUACCCCAGGCCCAGCACCGACCAAAUAUGUCAAUACUGCUGCUGAUAAUGGGACAAAACCAGUAUACUCAAGACAGAAUGAGACUAUGGAGUGGAAAUAUUAUGAAGCAACAGACGAAAACCCACUGACCCUGACCUUGACAGAGAGUCAACAGUUUGUGAUAUCAUAUGGAAACAAGAUUAUGGAGAGCCACUACCUGGUGGGCAGUCACACCUGGCUGAGGGGAGUGUGUAAGGGGGACAGUAUGAUGAUCCUGUGUAAAAUACAGAAUGAGAGUCGCAAGUUCCGGCUGAAAUUUUCCAGCACAGAGCUGUGCAGUGGCACCCAGCAGUGUGCAAGCUGUACAGCAACACUGAGGAAAUAUUUCCCACUGAAGGCUGAGGGGGAUCUUGAAGCAGUGAUGGCAUUUGAGGAAUGUAUAGCAAAAGAAGACAUGGAUGAGGCCAGGAGUCUGGUGGGGGAGGUGUCAGUGGCUGACAUGGCUAAGGCUCUCAGUGGAGAAAUGUUUGCCAGCCUUCCUCUCUCCUAUCACCAUAGCAACAUGCCUCAAGAGGAGCUGUCCACCAUACUCCGCCUAUGCCUGUCUGACAGUAGCUUCCCUGCAUUUGUGGGAGAAGUUGAAGCAGAGCUCAAGAAUAUUGUGCAAAACAACAAACAUUCAUAAAAAUGUAUCUUCAGGAGUUUGUGCAGUCGUUUUCUUUUUCUUUCUUUCUUUCUUUCUUUCUUUUUUUUUUUGGCUCCAUGUUGACCACGUGACUAUUGAGUAAUUUUUGUUGUUUUAACAAAAUUGUGAAGCAAAAGGACACUGGUUAGAGGAAACAAAGCAGACUUAUCAAAAAUGAAUAAAAAAGUGAAUAAAUAAA